UUCAAUUGCAGCACUUUCAGAGAGGUAGUGAGCGUCGGGCAUGCAUGCAAACAGGCAACACACACUCCACAUAUCAUGACACGUCUAUCCGUCCGUCCGUCACAUAUACCCAUUACCUAGUGAAAACGUCACAUACACUCACUCACUGAUCCACUCACUCACCAUCGGGCAGCUAGGGGCCGGCCAUUGACGCAUCUCCAUCGGCCGAUACACGCACACUUACUUGACGUAUCUGGGCGCCACCAACGAAGGCAGCACACAUCCGUCCAUCCACCCGGCCGGCCACCCAUGAAUGAAUGAAUGCAGCACGCAGUAAGGACUCUUGUACGUAUUGAAGGGAAAUAUUACGAUGCACGCAGAUAGGCAGGAAGGGGCACACGGACCGAAGACGUGAGUGCGAUGACACACACAUACACACAGACACGUACACGUGUGCCUACGUGGUUCAUUCACGAGGGACACCAAAACGUACGUAGGCAGCCGAGUGAGUGAGUCAGCCAGCCAGGGAGGAGUAGAGUAGACAAGUACAUUUCUGCAGGGCGGGCAAUCAUAGUGAGUGGGUGGCUGGGUGGGGGGAGGCAGGGAGGGGCCGAGGGACCGAGGGAGGGAAGGUGCCAUGAAAUACACUAUAGGUACGCAGAUCCGGCAACCGCGCGGUACACCCACCCACCUACCUCGCUGGCCCAAUUCUCCUCUCCCUCCCCUCUCCUCUGCCUCUGACCAGCCCCAGGCCAGCACCGCAUCCCAUCCGCACCAAACACCCAAAAAAAUCACCGUAGGCAGGCAAGACAAGUGUGAAAAAGUAUGAAGUAUGCAGGCUUGCCAAGGCAGGUUCAUACGUGGGAUCGGUUGCGCCUCCCCACCUCGCUCGACCGUUCGCUCAUGGCCGCCCUGCCCUCCCCCAGUUGUCAUGGUGGAGCACAUGACAAAAAGGAUAACAGGAAAUGUUUGCAUUCAUUGCUCGCUUUAAAGUGCGUGUGGACGGAAAAAAGGGCUGCAAAAUCUACAUACCACUAACGGGGUUGGGGCAACGGGUGGGUAGCGUGACUGACUGACAACGUGAGAGCAGCGCGCAAGAGAGGAAAAGAAGAGAGCUGGCGAGGCGUACGCGGCCAUUCACGUAUUCGCGACGUGUGUGUGAAUCAAUCCUGCCUUCACCUGUGCAAACACAACCAAGACGGCAGCGAGGUGAGGCGAGAGAGAGAGAGAGGUGACAGCGUGGGACGACGAGAAGGCGGGCAGUGGUGGAUUCGACAAGAGGCAGGAGGGCACGAAGGAUCGAGCGAUAAAUAGCCAGCCAUGCACCUUAAAAAAUGACUGCGCACCGAAUCGCGUCGCUCCCCAAGCCCCCGACCACCCGCCCUUUUCUCUCCCCCGCCCCUGUGUUGUGUGUAUGGUGUGUGUAUGUCGAGAGCACAGCUCACAGCAUGACAAAAUUGCUGUCGCGCACGCUUGUAUAAGCACCGGACCCCUCGAUCCUCCCUCCCUCCCCCUCUGUAAAACGAGUGCAUGCCCCGGCCCCGUUUCUGGGUUGUGUGGUUGUGUGAGUGAGUCACGGACUACGAACCAGCAGAACAUGGCGGAGUGUGGCUGCAUGUAUGUGUCGUGUCUGGCUGAGUGGACGGAUGGAUGGAUGGAUGGGGGUGGGGGGCAUGCAGUGGCGUUGAGACGUGUGUGCGCAGGCAGCCAGGCAGCCAGGCAGGCAGGCAGGACACACACAAGGGUAGCGAGUAGUGAGUGAGUGCCACGUAUUCUAGAAAGUCACCAUCACCGGUACGCAGGCCGGCAGGGAGGCAGAUGGGAUGUGUGCUGACCGUACUGUACACUCGCAGCCCGCCCCGCCCCGCCCCCGCCCCGCCCCAUGCAUCCAUCCAUCCGCCACUCAUUACAUCACAUCACAUGACAUCACAUCACAUGACGUCGCAUCGCAUUCACCGACACGAGCGACACAACACACGGCCGGCCAUGCGGCGGAUCGAUCUCGAUCGAUUCGAGUGAGUAUACCCUUAAAUGCACAAACAGCCAGCCAGCCAGCAGCAACCCACGUGUUAGGUACACAGAUUCACACGUAAAGAAAUACAAAAGCAGGAAGGCACAAGUGGGGGAGUAGUGAGUCAGUGAGGGAAGCGAGAAAGGAACGUGUGGGUGUGUAAUGCCUGGAUGGAUGGAUGUGUGUGUGUGUGUGUGGGCGGUGUGUAUGGGUGUGUGUAUUCCUGAAUCGACGCACCUUGAGCACCGAAAAGGAGAGAGCGAGUAGGAAGGCAAGCAGACAAGACAGCCAUGCAAGCAGGCAGACGUGCUCCGUACGCAACAACAAACGCACCUGCAGGAGCAUUGUACAAAAUGCCAAAGGAGCGACAAUCCCAACCACCCUCCCUCCCACACACGAGACGGCCUUCUCUUCCUUCCUUCCUCCCCUCCCCAGCCCCAUUCCUUCCAAACCGGCCUUACAAAACACUCAUAAUCCGUCCGUCAUUACAGCUUGCAUUCACCGGCCGACAGAGAGACAGAGAGACAGGCAGACAGACAGACAGACAAGGCAGCCUACGGACAUGUCUGUCUGCCAGGCCGCUCGUCGCACCAAAUAAACUUGCAGCGAACCCACCCAAUCACUCACUCAGUCGGACCCUUUACCGCCCCACAGCACACACCAACAGCCCGCCCGCCCACCCACCACCGGCCCUUCUUACCCAUAAUUCGUCCCAGCACAGCGGCAGCCAGCAGCGUCGACCGAGGGAGGCCGGCCGUCCAUCCAGCCAGCAAUCGACACACUCAAGCAUGCACGUGUGUAUGUGUGUAUGUGUGUAUGUGUGUAUGUAUUUCCGUACUGGUUGCUUGGUCUAGUAAGUGAGACAGACGUAGCCCCUGACUGACCCCCACCCCCGAUAAGCGAACAGGCGAGACCAAGAGAGGCAGGCGAGAGCGAGCUGACUCUCUCCCGCCACACUACGCAAGGAAAGAAGGAAGGGCAACAGUGUGUGUAUGCGUGUGUGUGUAUGUUAGUGUAAACAUGACUGACACACGUGACAUAGACAGGCAGGCAGGCAGGCAGGCAGACAGAGAGGCAGGCAGGCAGCCACCCCAUGCGGCUCCAGCCAUGACAUGACGGCUAGAGCCCCGCGGGCAGACAGACAAAAAAGGCCCCCCUGUCUGUCGUGUCCCACAUGCUCACUGUCUGGUGUCGUAUGAGUUGACGUGGUGUGUGUCCUGCAUGGAUGGCACGUCGCUCCUCGUGUCGGUGCCGCCGCCCACUGUGGUGUUGGCCCCCCCUGUUGAGACGUUCUCGGGGUCGCCCGUGCCCUCGGCGUUGAUGGAGGCCGCCGUGAUCUGCACGCGGUCGGGGUCCUCGUCUUUGCACCACCUGACCCUCCGGCCCUCGGCCCACUCGCCCACACGCCUCUCGCCCUUGGCUGCACAUGUUGAACAGGGAGAGGAAAACGUGACGGCCGCUCUCGUGUGUCCUCUUGUCCAUUUCAUAUGUACCUGUGGUGUAGAUCCCUCUCCCGUGCUGCUUGCCGUUGCGCCAUCCCCCCACAUACUUGCGGCCAUCCGGCCAUGUGAAUGUACCCUGAACAGGCAGGCAGGCAGGCAGGCAACAUAAGAGAGGAAGGUGGUCGCACUGGCCGUGACUGCGUGUGUCAUGUCAUUGGUUGCUUACGAUUCCCUCCUUUUGGUCGUUUUCGUACUGUCCCGAGUAGGAUCUGCCGUCGGCCCACGUGAAGGUGCCCUCGCCGUGCAUGCGGUUCUUCUUCCACUGGCCGUCGUACUUGCGACCGUCAGACCACUUGUACACGCCCCUACCCUCAAUGUCGUUGUCGUAGAAGCCGCCGUCAUACACAGAACCCUAAGGGACACAACCCCCACACCAACACACAGAGGAGGGACGGAUGGUCGAUUGCUGGGUGUCGUGUGCGUGUGUGUGUUUUGCUCACGUCUGCCCAUGAGAAGGUGCCCUCUCCGUGUUUCCUUCCGUGCGAGUACUGCCCCUGGUACUUGGCGCCGUCUGGCCACUCCUCAACGCCUCUCCCGUGCUGCUUGUCCGAUUGCCACUGACCCUCGUACCUAGGGAGGCGACACAUCAGUCAGCAAUACAAUACAGGUGUGUUGUGUACAUGAAUGACAUACUUGGAUCCGUCUGCGUGUUGGUAGAGCCCGUAUCCGUGUGCCUUGUCUUCAAACCACUCCCCCUCAUACACGUCACCAUCAACUGAGCGAUUUAACCAUCAGACCAGACCCACCAAACAACGGCAGGCAGGGAGAGGUCGGGUCGGCUGUGGGAACGUUUUCUACCUACUUGUGUGCCCUGCCUGCGUGUGAGUUACCCACCGUGAACGAAUUUGCCGUGUCCCUGUGCCUUGUCGUUGGCCCACUGCCCUUCGUACAUGGCCCCGUCAGCCCACGUCUGGACACCAAAACCAUCACGAAGGUCACCCUGAAUGAAGCAACCACACGACACACACACACACACGGAGAGAGAGAGAAGCAGUCACGCAUGGCGUGUGGGUGCGUGUAUCGGCACCACAUUUGGGUCAGCGAGCCACUGUCCCUUGUAGACGGCCCCGUUGUCGAAGGUCAUCUCCUUGAACACCCGCGGGCCGCUCGUGCCGUGGGUGGCGCUGCCCACCGGCGUGUGAUUGCCACUCAACGGACCUCCAUUCAGCCGACCAGACAUCAGUGCGCCGUCGGCCCCUCGAGCCGACUUCAUCGCCUCAACCUGACGAAAACACCACCCACAGACACACAUUCAACAGAUCAUCUCAGACAAGAGCGCGUGUGUGUGUGCGCUGUGGUUGUCUUGACUUUGCGCACCUCGGGGUGGACGGGCUCAUCGACGAGGUCCCCCGCGAGGCCUCGCGGACACGCGCAGUUCCCCAUGCCUUGGCCUCGCUCCCCAACGCAACAAAAGACACCACGCGCCCUGCUGACGCGAGCGAGGCUGCUGCACCAGCAGUAACCAGCCGCCGAGGGGGCAACUCACCUCCCGCCGCACGACCGUCUCUUUGAGCCGUGGUCAACUCGCCUCGUCCCUCUCCGGCAGCCCCAGGGGAAACAACCUCCGAUUUGCCUGCAGAUCGGGGGCCCUGAUUUGAAGAUCAGCGUACCCGCCAGCCUGAUGUGACUUAGGAAGCCUGGCUCGGCCUGCC